CAGGAAUUCGCUCAGAGACCAUUUCUGUGCCACAAGAAAUAAGAGCGUUGCAGCUGUGGAAUGAGAUAGAAGCCCGACAUCCUGGAUUGGCUGAUGUCAGGAAUCAGGUGAUAUUUGCUGUCCGUCAAGAAUAUGUCGAGCUUGGAGAUCAACUCCUCCAGCUUCAAUCAGGAGACGAAAUUGCCAUCAUCCCCCCCAUUAGUGGAGGAUAGUGCUUGUGUGCCACUUGGGGAAGAUCUGAAUGAAGUUGAGGAGAACUCUAAAGAUGUAAUAAAAUUUACUUCUGAGAAGCUGUCCAUAGAUGAAGUCUCACAGUUGGUGAUUUCUCCACUCUGUGGUGCAGUAUCCCUCUUUGUAGGGACUACAAGAAAUAACUUUGAAGGGAAAAAAGUCAUCAGCUUAGAAUAUGAAGCAUAUCUCCCAAUGGCAGAAAAUGAAAUCCGAAAGAUCUGUAGCGACAUUAGGCAGAAAUGGCCAGUCAAACACAUAGCAGUGUUUCAUAGACUUGGCUCAGUUCCAGUGUCAGAAGCAAGCAUAAUCAUUGCUGUGUCCUCAGCCCAUAGGGCUGAGUCCCUCCAAGCUGUGAGCUAUGCCAUCGAUACUUUAAAAGCCAAGGUGCCCAUAUGGAAGAAGUUAAGAGUCUAGAAUUGCCUGCAGCAUUUUGGCUGGUAGCAAAGCUGAGGAAUCAAUUAACUGCUCAGAUCAGAAAGCCAGACCAGAGGACCAGAGGGUGAGUCUUUCCUAGGAGCCUACCAUCUCAGUUAGUUGUGGAGAUGAGCAAAUGGGACUCUGACACAGGGCCUAUGAAAUUCAGUACCGUAUUUUCUGAAUAAAAACUGAAACCCGUUCUUAUAAGGGGAUGCUAGUGAAGCUCAGAUAGACGGCGGCUUUGCUAUGAACAAAGCUGUCACAAUUUUGAUGGACUACAUGAGCUCGUUUCCUGAAUAGAGUGAGGUAGGAAGAGCAUUCUACAUUGAGUUGUGAGCCUGAGUGGCAGAGAUAGUUUUCUUUACAAGGGAGGAGCAAGGGACAGCCCGCUGAUAGAAGGUAAAUGAGAGGGUAGGCCUCCAGAACAAGAGAGUGGGCAGGAGUUGGGGCAUCCUGUCCUUUUAUACCUUACCUUGAGGACUAGCUGAGCUUUCUGUUUGCUUUUCUGUCUGUGGAGGGUGAGAAGGGUAUACAGGUGUUCAGAGGAAAGUCAGAUUUGGAUUUCUGUCCCUUAGGAAUAGCAUCUGGCAGUUGAGUGAGAAUAGUGAUACAUUCUUGUUCCACUCCCUUCCAAGAAGUAUCUAAAUUCUUGUGGGGUUCUAGUCCCACCUGUGCUUUGAUGUCAUGGGUGAUCUAGACAACGGGUAGGCAGGUAGGUGGGGCACACACUCACAGUUGUCAAUAAAAUGCAGCCCAAUCUACUUAGAAACUUCUGUGGGUGGUCACUUAAUUUCACACCUAAUGCGAAUACCCCUUUUGCCUACAGAAAAACAUUUAGAAAUGUUGAAGUAGUAGAUAUGUUUGGAAAGAAAAAAAAAAUGUUUAAAACCAAACAUCUUUCAUUUUCCCUGCAUGAUCUGCUCAGGCGGUCUCCUGACGUGGCCCCAAAUGGAAUUGUUUAUUCCAUUUUGUGGUUGCACCUUG